GUGCCACUUAGUCGCUUAAUCACACGACCAACUUUACCCUUAAAAUCAAACAGACAGAAAGUGAGUGUUAUAGGGAGAAAAGAUAGACAAAAAAUACACAAAAGAUAGAAAGAAAGAGAGAAUGAGAAUUAGUGAUAUUUUUUGCUCUUCUCCGGCAUCAACCGCCGUACGAGCAAGUACACUUCGCCACGACGGAAAGGUCACUGGAGGCCGCAGAUCCUUUGAAAGCCACCGCCGGAGCCAAAACCCUAGUAAGAAUAAUGACAAAACCGUUCCUUGCUUCUCCUCUGAGAUGCCUUUGAUCCCUAUUCCUCGUCACAUGAGCUGUAGAAACUCCUUUGAAUCUUCAAGCGGGUUUCGUCGGAAGAUAGCUUCGGCUCAAGACGUCCAAAUUCGCCGUAAAAGCUCGGCUGACGUAAGUGACUUGAGGAGAUCAAGAAGUUCUUUGCUAAGUUCAUCGUCGAGGUAUCUUUUAAAGGAUCAUAAGUCUUUGAAAGAUGAUGAUAAGGACAACCUCUGGUUAUCAUCAUCUGAUCGUUCUAAGGAUUUGAUUCCUUUCCGUGACCGCCACGUCACUUCAUCUUCGUCUUCUUCUUCCUCGUCUUCUUCUUCUUCUUCCUCUUCUGUAACAAAUGUUUCAUCGCCGGCUACAUCCACUGAUGAUCAGGUUGUGGUUUUGAGGGUAUCGAUCCAUUGCAAGGGAUGUGAAGGGAAGGUUAGAAAGCAUAUCUCCAAAAUGGAAGGGGUGACGUCAUACACCAUUGAUUUGGCGACAAAGAAGGUUACGGUGGUCGGAAAGAUAACACCUGUGGGAGUAGUAGAAAGCAUCUCAAAGGUCAAAUUCGCUCAGCUUUGGCCUCUUUCCUCUUCUUCUCCUUCUCCUCCAUUUCCUCACAUUCCUAACUAUUCCCUCCUCAAAUCUUAAUUUUGUUCUCUUGUAAUUUAGUGUAAAACAUAUAUAUUGUCAUUAGACAUCUCUCAUGUUGUGUGAUUGGUAUCAAUGCGACAUUAAGGUGAUGUAGUUAACAUGCAUUUGUUUGAAGAAUAUGGUUUUGUUUUUAUUA